CUUUCGACUAUAUAAAACAUUGCUAAGAUCAAACAUUUAUCCAUUGCAGCUGAUCCAGCAACAGCCAUCGAAACCACUUAACAAAAUGAAACUGACAGUAGUAACAGUUAUUGUUGCGAUGUGCGCUGCUUUCGUGCAUGGUGUUCCAUAUGACACCGUCUGUAGCGGCGUGAAUGAGAUCUUCCAGACCUGUGGGUCAGCUUGUCCGGCCACUUGCGAUUCCUACCGGUAUCAAGAAUCCCGGUGGUGUGGCGUUUCCUGUCAACGGGGAUGCUUCUGUCGGUCAGGCUACGUUCGGAAUGCUAUAGGUGCUUGGGUUGAACCGAUCCAGUGUACGGGGCCUAGGAAUUAUCUGCAACCCUACGGUUACAACUAUGGACCAGUUCCGAUCGGUUCUUACGGAUAUGGUAAUGUUUUACCAGAGGUAGUUGCGACCAACAAUAUUGUGGGUGUGAUUUAAACUUAGUUGGUGAAUGAAUAAAGUUAAUCGAUAGCUGAAGUGGUAA